AUGGCAUCGCGGAUCUCGCACCUCACGUCCAUGGUCAACGUCCUCGUCCUUGGCGGCACCGGCCCAACUGGGCUUGCACUCAUUGAAGAGGCGCUUAGCAGAGGUCAUACUGUGAUUAUUUUCGCACGGUCGCCGCAGAAACUACCUGAUUCUAUUCUUCAAAAUCCACGAGUCGCAAUUGUCAAGGGGUCUUUGGAGGAUGAAGACGCAAUUACCCGCGCUUUCGAGACUCGAAUCCCCAAUGACGAUCAUAAUGAGGUGAUCAAGGUCGACGUUGUCGUGUCAGCACUUGGACCUCCCGUCACAAAGAUUCACCCAGCCGGUAACCCUCUUGCUAGAGGAUACGAAAAGUUUAUACAUGUGGCCAGGAGAAAAGGUGUCACCCGCUUCAUUGUUCUUGGAACAGCGAGUAUCACAGACGAACAUGACAGGUCCGACUUGAAAUUCCAGAGUCUGGUAUUUGGUGUCAAGUAUUUUGCUCCCCGUGCCUACGCAGAGCUCGUAGAGAUAGGCAAGGUCUUUGGAAAGAGUGACGACCUCGAAUGGACGAUUGUGCGUAUCCCAGUCCUUGUCUCUCACGAGGGCGGCGAGUACCACGCUGGAGCUCAAAUGGGAUCAUCUCUCCCUACAAAUACAUUGGACGAAGAGCUCGAUAAUCGUAUCGCCGAGUUGAUACUCCAAGAGGCAAGGAAAAAGGAAGCUCGUUUCAGCCAAACUGGUACAUACUCUCCACAACCAACAGGCAAUGCGGCUCGGACAAACAAGCGGUUUCUCAGUUCUAUCAUCAAAAGCACGGACGAGCAUAAUAAAGCGGUUCUGCGAGCUCAAGCAGAGUCAGCAGCUGAAGUCAAGCAGCAAAUUAUGCGCCAAGAACGAGAGGAACGCAUGAAGCGGGCUCAAGAGGCUGCUACUGCAAGAGCUGGGCGUUCUAUGUCCUCUUGGGAACCUCGAGACUACUCCAAAGAGGAGAGAAAACGAAGGUCUCAAGUCGUUCUCCGGACGACCGAGGUCGGCAUCGUUCAUCUCGUCACGACAGAAAACGAGAACGCAGUAGGGGUUCAGAGGUUGACGAGGAUCCAGAGAGGAGGAGCAAGAGGUCUCGAAAAGACAGGAGUACUUCCCGCCGCCGUCAAGCGCGAGAGGAGGGACAAGAACAUUGACCCUGACGAAAGGAAGAAGAAAGAAUCACGUCGAAGGCACAGAGACAAGUCGCGUUCAAACUCUCCAAAGCGGCGAGACAAGCAAGAUUGGGAUGAGGAGUACAGGAGACGUAGGAGGCACUCACCAGAGAGAGAUGAAGGCACCUCAUCACGCCGUAUAAGGGGUAGCACCCCUCCAUCAUCCAAACCACCCCGGUCAAGGCUUCUCAAGGACGCAUUGGCUGGUGUCAAAGCAGACAGGUCAGGAGACCACACGCAUUCAACAGUCGACCUCCAAUCCAAACUUGAAUCUAGAGCUCGAUCGAAAAGAUCUUCAGUCAGCCCACGCCCGCCGGAAGACAGUAUCGAUCCAGACGAGGUCGCCUCAGAAAGUGAGAUGGGACCACAACCAUUCGAACUUGACAAGACGUACUCAUCUAAGAUGGAUAAGUAUUUUGCCAGCGACUAUGAUCCUCGACUCGAUGUCGAAUCGUCCCUCUUAGACUCGAGCGGAUUGAUUCCUCCUGGCGCAUUUGACAACUGGGAUUGGAUGCUACAGAUAGUGAAGGCUCGUCGGGAGGAGAAGGAGGAGCGAAAGCGGUUGGAGAAGCUUCACCGAAGCGGCAAGCACGAGGAGCCUAUUGGUAGCUCAGUCGCGAACAAGGAGAUGGUGGAUGCGCUAAGCAUGAAGUACACCAAACGGGGUGGCGUACGGGAGUGGGACGAAGGCAAGAAGGAACCGACCUAG